AAAAAAAAAACUUGGCUGAUAACUCGGAUUUAAAAAGAAAGGCGAGGAAAAGCCCCAGCCCCUUGCCUGCGCGGUCGGGAGGACGGGAGGGCGGCCGGCGCGGCGGGCCGGGCGCGGGUGCCGGUGCCGGCGGCCGCGGGGCGCCUGGAUGCGCGGGCUGUAGGGCGGCGGGCAUGGCCGACAAGCGACGGUCCUCGCCAGGCACCACCAUGAGCCUCAAGGCUCACGCCUUCUCCGUGGAGGCUCUCAUCGGGGCCGAGAAGCAGCAGCACCAGCAGCAGCCGCCGCCGCCGCGGCAGCCCAAGCGGAGGAAGCUGGGCGGCGAGGACGAGGCGGCGGAGGACGAAGGCAGCAGCGGCUGCUGCGCCAAGAGCUCUCCCGCCACCGCUGCCGGCAGGACCUGCGGCGACAUGGACCUGGGCUGCGCCGCCCGCGCCCCCGCCGGCGGCUGCGAGGAGGGCUUCCUGGCGGGCUCCCCGCCCGCCUCCCCCGGCGGAUCCCCCAAGGGCUCGCGGCCCGGCUCGCCGCUGCCCACGCCGCAGGCGCCGCGGGUGGAUCUGCAGGGCGCCGAGCUCUGGAAGCGCUUCCACGAGAUCGGCACCGAGAUGAUCAUCACCAAGGCGGGAAGGCGGAUGUUUCCUGCAAUGAGAGUGAAGAUCUCAGGUUUAGACCCACAUCAGCAGUAUUACAUUGCUAUGGAUAUUGUGCCAGUGGAUAACAAAAGAUACAGGUAUGUUUAUCAUAGUUCCAAGUGGAUGGUGGCUGGUAACGCUGACUCCCCGGUGCCGCCUCGCGUUUAUAUUCACCCUGAUUCACCCGCCUCAGGGGAGACGUGGAUGAGACAAGUGAUCAGCUUCGACAAACUGAAGCUUACCAAUAACGAGCUGGAUGAUCAAGGGCAUAUUAUCCUCCACUCUAUGCAUAAAUAUCAGCCUCGUGUCCACGUCAUCCGAAAAGACUGUGGUGAUGAUCUGUCCCCUGUCAAGCCCAUCCCUUCGGGAGAAGGGGUAAAAGCCUUCUCCUUCCCUGAGACAGUCUUCACUACUGUCACAGCAUACCAAAAUCAACAGAUAACUCGUCUGAAGAUUGAUAGGAAUCCGUUCGCCAAAGGCUUUAGAGAUUCUGGCCGUAACAGAAUGGGACUGGAAGCUCUGGUAGAGUCUUAUGCCUUCUGGAGACCUUCGCUGAGGACGCUUACAUUUGAAGACAUACCUGGGAUACCCAAACAAGGAAAUGCAGGUUCCUCUACUUUACUCCAGGGAUCUGGCAGCGGAGUUCCAUCUACCCACCCUCACCUUUUACCAGGCUCCCCUUGCUCAUCUCCAGCCUUCCACCUCAGCCCCAACACCAGCCAGCUGUGCACCCUUGCUCCAGCUGACUACACAGCCUGUGCCCGCUCAGGCCUGGCCCUGAACAGAUACAGCACUUCCUUGGCGGAAACCUACAACCGGCUCACCAACCAGAGCGGCGAGACCUUCGCUCCCCCAAGGACUCCCUCCUAUGUCGGUGUGUCGAGCAGCACAACUGUGAAUAUGUCCAUGAGCGGCAACGAUGGGGAUGCAUUCAGCUGCCCGCAGACUGGCUUAUCCAUGCAGAUUUCAGGGAUGUCUCCACAGCUCCAGUACAUCAUGCCUUCCCCAUCCAGCAAUGCCUUUACCACUAAUCAGACCCACCAAGGCUCCUACAAUACGUUUAGGCUGCACAGUCCCUGUGCGCUCUAUGGAUAUAACUUUUCCACAUCCCCUAAACUGGCUGCCAGUCCUGAGAAAAUCGUUUCUUCCCAAGGAAGUUUCUUGGGGUCCUCGCCAAGUGGAACCAUGACGGAUCGGCAGAUGUUGCCCCCCGUGGAAGGAGUGCACUUACUUAGCAGUGGGGGGCAGCAGAAUUUCUUUGACUCUAGGACCCUAGGAAGCUUGACACUCUCAUCUUCUCAAGUGUCUGCACAUAUGGUUUGAUGAAGCCUUUAAGUAAAAGUACAGUAUGUUUGGUGUCUACAAUGUAUUUCUUUUGGAAUAUGAAAGGACACUCGAUGUAGCUUGUAAAGUGUGUGUAUAUAUAAUAUGAGAGGAAGUUUCACUGAAAUUUUGACUUGCUUGUGGCCAGAUUAUUCUCCUAUUUUGAGUUACAGAGUUUGCUGUGGUGCAGACUGCUUUAGUUUUCUGGUAUAAUACACUUAGUUGUAUAACACGUUGGGACAUAUGCAACAAAUUAAGUAAGACUUCCUCCCCUUUCCCCCUCCUCUGUUCUAACCCCUUUAAAGAAUGAAGUGACACUUGGAGUAUUAAACAACACAAAAAAGCCCACUUAUAUUUCCUAUAGUACUAGUGAGUUUCUUUAAAACAUUUUAUACAAUAAGCUGAUGCACCAAAGACAUUUUACAAGUUUCUUCUGUUAUAAGGGAUACAAAGGGUAUUUGGACUUCUUAGUGUUAAGCAUCAAGCAUCCAGCCUAAAAUAGAAGUUUAGCUAAUGGAUUAUUUACAAAGUAAACGGAAAGAUUAGUUUGCAUUCUCAUGAUGUGCUGGUUUUAGCUUAUCAAUGGCACAGCAUUCUCACUAGAAUUUGUUUUUUGCAGCAUUAGUCUAGAUUUAUGAUUAUAUAUUUGAAGACAAGUAAUGCAUAUUCAAAUUGUGGUGAUAGGAAUAAUUCAAAUCAACAGCACUAGAAGCAGCAUUCCUUUGUAUGAAAUGAACAUUAGGGUGCUUAAUUUUUGUCAAAGGUAGGGCUUGAUGCAUUUUUUCCUCCAUAAAUAUUGCCUAUAAGACAUUUACUGGACAGUAGGAUAUUCUAAUGUAUCUUUGUUUUUGUAUUUUUACUUUUUUUUAAAGGAAAAUUCAGUUUGAUUUAGGAAAAAAAAAAUGAAAAAUUGAGCAGGAUGAGAAAUUCCGUUAUUGGUUUUACCUGUUUUUGUGUGUGUGACAUGUUUUGGGUUUGGUUUUU